AGUCAACGGGUUGUAACUCGAAGUAUUCAAUAAUCUGGGAAGCUGUUUGCACUGGACACCUCACAGCAAAACGAACAGAAACUAGUGUGUGCUGUUUUAUAGAACGGGGGGCGUCUUUCUCAGCAGGGUCCAGCGACAGAGCUUGACUGACGAGCAGCAAUGAGCUUCUUCGGUUUUGGUCAAAGUGCGGACAUCGAUAUAGUUCUGAAUGACGCCGAAACGAGAAAGAAAGCCGAGCAUAAGAGUGAAGACGGCAGGAAGGACAAAUAUUUUCUCUUCUACGACGGGGAGACGGUGUCGGGGAAAGUCAACGUUACGCUCAAGUACCCGGGAAAGAGGCUGGAGCACAACGGCAUCAAGAUUGAGUUUAUCGGCCAGAUAGAGCUGUACUAUGACAGAGGAAACCACCAUGAGUUCGUGUCUCUUGUGAAAGACUUGGCUCGGCCAGGGGAGCUCACACAGUCGCAGACGUUUGACUUUGAGUUCACGCAUGUGGAGAAACCCUACGAGUCUUACACGGGUCAGAACGUCAAAUUACGCUACUUUCUGAGGGCGACAGUAGGCCGGAGACUGAAUGACACCAGCAAAGAGCUGGACAUUGUGGUUCACACACUCAGCACCUACCCUGAGCUCAACUCCUCAAUCAAGAUGGAAGUGGGGAUCGAGGACUGCCUACACAUAGAGUUUGAGUACAAUAAGUCCAAGUAUCACCUAAAAGAUGUGAUUGUAGGGAAGAUUUACUUUCUGCUGGUGAGGAUUAAGAUCAAACAUAUGGAGAUUGACAUCAUCAAGCGGGAGACUACUGGCACGGGGCCCAACGUCUACCACGAGAACGACACCAUAGCAAAGUACGAGAUCAUGGAUGGUGCACCAGUCAGAGGAGAGUCCAUCCCCAUCAGGCUGUUUCUAGCAGGCUACGAGAUGACGCCCACCAUGAGGGACAUCAACAAGAAGUACUCGGUGCGGUACUACCUCAACCUGGUCCUCAUCGAUGAGGAGGAAAGACGCUAUUUCAAACAGCAGGAGAUCACCCUGUGGAGGAAAGGUGACAUAGUGAGGAAGAGUAUGUCUCACCAAGCAGCCAUCGCCUCCCAGCGCUUUGAAGGCUCCUCCAAUCCAGAAAGGUCCCAGGCCCAGAGCAACGCAGAGGACGACAGCUAAAGCUCAUACUCGACCCUCGUGGAGUGAGUGUGUGAGAGAACGCAGUGCAGAAGUUGUCAGCAAAGUCUGAAUGAGAAUAUCCCUUGUUUGCAUCCAGAUACAAUGUGCUGCAGUAUUUUUCAGGAUGUGUGUGUGUGUGAGUGUGUGAGUGAGUGAGUGAGUGAGUGAGUGAGUGAGUGAGUGAGAGAGAGAGGCUUUGAAAUGUGACUGUGUGUGUGUCAAGGGGACAAACAGUCGGACCAGGUAGUUGCAAGUAAUUCUGAGUGUUUGUGUGUUUAAAUCACCUUGAAGUACCAGCUGGGUGGAGUUUUCCACAUUAAGACUGAUUAGACAGUGUCAGCAAAUUUCUCUGUCACACGAAACUGCACAAAAUUGACAUUUAAGUGCUUCACUUAAUUUGUAUUUUAUUAUUUUAUUGUUUUGGCAUUUUUGUACAGUUCAGUGUGGCAAACUUCACCCGUUAGAUGCACUUAAAUAUCAUUUGCAAAUACUGUUUGACCAAUAUCUUGAAUUGUGUGUAUGAAUGUACAGUACGUGGAAGUGAGCCACCUCGGGUGUAUUUCUAAUAAGACCUUUCCUUCAAACUACUUACUUGGCUGGAAGAUUGUGCUGUGCAGAAACUGUAGUCAUACAGUAUGUUUCUAAGAAGUGGGUAAACAGUAGAUCUCACAGUUCAUUUCUCUACGUCCCCUCAAUGGAAUGUGACAUUAAUUCAUUUAAAUAUUUUUGCUUCUUCAUGUAAAAAAAAUGUAAUUUUGAAAAUUAGCCAUGACUCUUGAUCAGUGGUUCCCAACCUAGGAGUCUGGACCCCCAGAAGAGGGCGCCAAAGCCUCACAGAGAGUGGCCAUGCCUUUUUGAUUUUAAGGGUUGUAAAAAACUUUUAAAACAUACGCAUUAAUGCGUCUAUCUCAACAUUUUGUUAAUUUCUGUGAAGAUUAGCCAAUUUUAAAUAAAUUAAAUUCAUUUUUUUAAGUUUAGAUUAUUAUUUAAGAUCUAAACCAAAGGCACAGAGCUCUGCCAUAUAAUGUCCUCCUGCAUUAGAGCUAGUAAAACAAUCAAGUGUGUAUGAUUGGGGGGAAAAAACAUAAUGCAGACAGCUCAAAUUUCAUCCAAAUCUCUGGUUUUAAACAAACUUCCUGCAGUUAUUGUGUUCACUAUUUGAAUUCAUUGUACAGUUUAUCAGCUGUUCUCUACU